AUGUUUACAGUGAAAACCUGGUCAUUGUCAAGUUUAAGACAGAAAAAGUUCUUAGUUCUAUUCAUUUCGGUAUCAUUAGCCAGUCUGAUCAUUUUUUUGAAUCUAGAAAAAUCAUCGACGACUUCAAGCGAUGCCCUUCUGUCGCGUUUGAAAAGAACUGUUCCCAUUAAAGUUCGACCAAGGCCGUAUUACAUGAGUAAUGGCAAAGUAUUUCCUAGGCCGGCGAAAUUUUCGAAGAAGCUCGGCCGACGUGAUGCUAAAAUUUUACCAGAAGAAGAUCCGGAUUCAGAUCGUUUUGAAAAUCAACUGAUGUUCAUUCCACCAAAUUACUAUGAAACUCGUAAUCCAAACAAGAAUAAAACAGUUUUAUUAUAUAAUGGAUGGGGAGGCUUUGAAAAAAUUAUGGUACAUUGGUUUAGCAAUCGAAAAUGCCCGGUUGAUACAUGCACAUUUUCAUUGAAUCGCUCCGAUGCUGAAACGGCCGACUUUAUAAUGUUCUCCGGUCAAAUUGAUGGCAUCAACAUAAAACGAACACCAAACCAAAUUUAUGCUUUCUAUCGGCUUGAGAGCCCCAUUCACUGGCCACAAAAAUAUCCAAAAUCCAUCGUUUACAAUUGGACAAUAACCUACAGACAUGACAGUACCAUUUCCAUUCCAUACUCAAAGUGGAUGUACUAUGACCCGAGAAUAACGCACCAGCCACAAAUCCGAAAUUUUGCCAAAAACAAAACCAAACUGGUUGCAUGGAUGGUGUCGAAUUGUGAGGCUCACAAUGACCGUGAUGCGUACGUUCGUGAACUUCAAAAGUAUAUUCAAGUGGAUGUUUAUGGUGCAUGUGGAACGAUGAAUUGUACGGAUUGCCACGAUCGACUCGAGAGAGACUAUAAAUUCUAUUUGUCAUUCGAAAAUUCGCACUGCGCCGAUUACAUAUCGGAAAAGGUCUAUAGGAACACAUUGGGUAGAUCGAUUAUUCCUGUGGUAUUAGGCGCUCGUAAAGAAGACUACGAACGACAACUUCCAUACAAUUCAUUUAUUUACGUCGAAGAUUUUGCGACACCCAAAGAUCUGGCAGAAUAUUUGCACAAAGUGGACAAAGAUGAUGUACUUUACAAUUCAUAUUUCCAGUGGAGAGGAACGGGUGAAAUACAUGCAACAUUUGAAUACAUAUGGUGUCGCAUUUGUGCUCUGCUACACGAUGAAUACACCAUGAACAAUCCGCGAUGGUACGAUGAUAUAAAUAAAUGGUGGUUUGACCCAGAUACGUUAAGAAGAGGAUUUUGGCGAAAUACAAAAAGCUAAUAGAACAGCAACUUGAUCAGAUUGAAGAUUUUGAAACGAUGUCUUCAGGGAAUUUGAAGAUUUUCUCAAAAUCA